AUGGGUGCGGCCCGCGGCGCCUGCACGUGCCCCGGGCGCUCGCAGAGACCCGGAGAUGGAGGCCUUUGCAGGCGGCAGGCGGCGAGGAGUGCCAGGAGUGGCACUCUGAGUGCCCUCUGUGCCCUCUUCGUCUUGGCCGCGGCAGCGGGUUCGGCCUUCGUCCCUGGCCAUGUCGGCCAUGGAUGCUCGCGGCAGCCCCUGGGGGUCACAACGCGGCAUGCGCAGGAAGGCAAGAAGUCGACGAAGUCCAGGUCGGAAGACUACGACCAAUACGACUGGCAGCGCGUCUCAGGAUCCUCCAGGAAUGCGCAGGAGGUCCUGCCCGACUUGGCAGACUUGCCUGACCUGCCAGACUUUGGUGAGGAGGAGGAGGAGGAUAGCAGUGCGGAAGGAGAGGUGAAAGCACAGGUCAAGGUGCGCGAGGUCCUGCCUGACCUCCCUGGCAUUGACGACGACCUGCUCCCGCCAGGGCCGAACCCGUGGUCCGAUGGCGGCCUGGGCUUUCUGGAGUGGACGGGCAUCUGGGCUGGUCUGCUGACGGUCGUGUUGGCUGUGGGUGCCGGGGGCUCCUGGAUCAUCGCCAGGUUGCAGCUCGAGCCGGAGGUAGCUGGCCAGCUGUUGGACUUCCUCAAACCCUUACUCAACGUCUACCAGCUUCUUUUCCUGGCAAGGGUCUUGCUAGCGCAGUUUCCGAAGCUCGACACCACGGAGUGGCCCUACGCCAUUGUCCACUACCCCACGGAGUUCGUCCUGGGCCCCACGCGCAUGAUCCUGAAGCCGGAAGCUGGGGUCGAUGUGUCGCCUUUUGUUUGGCUUCUCUUCACGUCCCUGGUGGCGGAGUUGCUCACGGGCUCGUUCGGCAUCCUCCAGAUGGUCAAGGAUUCCUCACGCUCGCGACUGGGAGAUUCAGUGAUGAGCAUUCGGUAA